AUGGCGUCUUCUCUCCUGGACAUGAAAUUCGGCAGCGACACCGAGGACGACGACGAGGACUACGCUGGGUCAGCAGGGCCCUCCGAGGGAUCCGCGGAGGAGGGUGACGAAAGCGACGACGCUGCCGAGGAGGCCCCAGGACAGAGUGGGCGUCCGAGUGCGCACGCAUACGCUCUCUCCGGCGCGUCGGCAGGGCUCCUGCACUGUGGAACUCUGCAGGACACCGACGACGGCGAACUGACGGCUGGCAGACGCGCGCCCGUUGUCUCGUCUUCGGCCAGACGAAAGCGGCUGCUCAGGGACAAGAAAAAUCAGGAAGCUAAGAAGCGAAGCAAGGCGACCAAGAAGGCCGAAGAGGAGGCACGGAAGGAAGAGGUCUGUUCCCUCUUUGCAGAGAUGGAGGAGGAGUCGCGGCAGGCGCUGGUGGCGUACAACUCGCCGACGCGGACAGACGAUUUUCUGCUGCAAUUUCAUCGGCGGUGCCCGCCAACUGGCGAGAAGAAGAACGGGACCUGGGGCCAGCUGCAGCACCACCUUUCCAUAGCCGUCUCGGCUCUCCAGUCUUGUCAAAGCGCCUCGGCUCAUCUUGCCGUCGAUUCCGCCAAGGAAGCGAGCCCUGAGCCCUCCGCGCGGCAGUCAGCAGCAGCCGCCGCGCCGGGCGACGCGAAGGCGGCGCCGUCGCACGAGGAGAAGGACGCUGAGGAAGGUCUCGCAGCCGGCUCCGACACACGCGACGACGACGCACAAAGCCGCUCGCAGGCGUCGUCUGAGCCAUUGCCCUCCGGUCGGGCCUUCAGCGUGCGCGAAUUUAAGCAGAGAUGCCGUCGUCCGACAGACGCCGCCAUGGCCAAGAUGCGGGAGGAAGCGAUGCGCAACUUGGACUCGACCGGAGAAAUUACUGUGAAGAAGAUCGUUCAGUUCGCCGGGAAGAGUGUCGAGAUCGAGGUGCGCAUGGAGGCGGCCUCGGAGCAGUACCAGAAGUUCUUGCAGAAGCAACAGAAGACGCAGCAGCUGGGCGGUCAAUUUGCCGAGCUCGACGGCCUCGUGUCAGCGCUCGACGGCCCCUCGGCCAUCAACUCGGUUCAAAAGUCGCAAGCCGACUGGGAGAAAUUCAAGCGCGACAGAGGUAUCGAGGCGGAGCUCAAGAAGGGUCACGGAUAUUUGGACAAACAAGCUUUCCUCGCGGCCACCGAGUGGCGUCAGCACGAGCAAAAUGUGGAAGUCCGCCGGCGGCUGCAGCUUCAGCAGCAGAUGUCGCAGUCAAAUUCGUCUCGCAGUUGA